UGAGUUCCUCUGCGGCCGCAACCACCGUUGGGGAUAUGAUGUAUGGCACAACUUUGUCGGCCGAGUCGAUGAAAGUAAUUGCCGAAAGUAUUGGUGUUGGCUCACUGCCCGAUGAUGCCGCUAAGGAAUUGGCCGAAGAUGUCUCCAUAAAGAUCAAACGCAUUGUUCAGGAUGCCGCAAAAUUUAUGCAUCAUUCCAAGCGGGAAAAGCUGAUUAUGAGUGACAUCGAUCAUGCUUUGAAGGUUCGCAAUAUUGAACCACAAUAUGGUUUCACCUCAAACGACUUUAUACCAUUCCGAUUUGCCUCGGGCGGCGGUAGGGAGUUACAUUUCAUCGAAGAAAAAGAAAUGGAUUUGACGGAAAUUGUCCAAGGUAAUGUGGCAAAAAUCCCACUGGAUAUAACACUGCGCACACAUUGGUUGGCUGUGGAUGGUAUCCAACCGACAAUACCCGAGAAUCCUCCACCCCUUUCGAAAGAUCAUCAAGCAUUGGAUUCGGUGAAUCCGGUGGUAAAGUUGGAACAGGGUGUUACCAAAGACACAGCGGGUAAACCGGCAACGGGUAAAAUUCAUAAACUGAAAAAUGUCGAAACGGUCCAUGUCAAACAAUUGGCCACUCAUGAGCUGUCGGUCGAGCAACAGUUGUAUUAUAAGGAGAUUACAGAAGCAUGUGUGGGAUCCGAUGAGCCAAGACGUGGUGAAGCUCUUCAGUCAUUGUCAUCCGAUCCUGGUCUUCAUGAAAUGUUACCGCGUAUGUGUACUUUUAUAGCCGAGGGUGUUAAGGUCAAUGUGGUGCAGAACAACUUGGCCCUGUUGAUUUAUUUGAUGCGUAUGGUAAAGGCCAUGUUGGAUAAUCCCUCCCUGUAUUUGGAGAAAUAUUUACACGAAUUGAUACCCUCGGUUACCACCUGCAUCGUUUCGAAACAAUUGUGUAUGCGUCCCGAGUUGGACAACCAUUGGGCAUUACGUGAUUUUGCCUCUCGUCUGAUGGCCCAGAUAUGUAAAACCUUUAACACAUCCACGAAUAAUUUGCAGACACGUGUUACCCGUAUCUUCAGCAAGGCAUUGCAGAAUGAUAAGACCCAUUUGUCAUCGUUAUAUGGCUCUAUUGCUGGCCUCUCCGAAUUGGGUGCUGAAGUUAUUAAGGUCUUUAUUAUACCACGUCUGAAAUUCAUAUCGGAACGUAUUGAGAAUCAUUUGCUGGGUUCAUCGCAAAGUAACACAGAUAAAACAGCAGCUGGUCAUAUACGGGCAAUGUUGCAGAAGGUUUGUCCACCUAUUCUAAAGCAGAUACGUUCACCGCCGGAUUAUGCUGAGGAAUAUAAAAAUGAUUUUGGUUUCCUAGGGCCCUCAUUGUGUCAGGCAGUGGUUAAGGCUCGUAAUACACCAUCUUCCACGGUAACCAUUACCGGUUCCAGUGCAAUAUCUAGUGGAACAAUUACGUCGGCGGCCCAAACCGCCACCACAAUUGGUAGACCUCAGGUGACACAAAUUACACCACAAAGGCAACCAAGUCCUGUCAUCACCACCCUGCCACAAUUGCGAGGAAUACAACCGACACAAAUACAGCAGCAACCACAAACCCCACAGCCACAAAAAUUUGUUAUUGUACAGGCCCAGUCCAGCCAACCCCAGCAGCAACAACAACAACACCAACAAAUUCAACAACAAUCGUCCUCACAAUUAUCAACUCAGCCAUGA